AUGACGGAGAGAAGACUCUUCCCGGUUCUCUUCUCCAUCUUCUUCCUCGUCUUUUGUCUCUCCCAUGGUCGUCGGGGAAACUUGGCGGCGGCUGGGAGGACGCCGGUGUCUGUCCCUGUGGGCGUCGUGCUCGAUUUCAAGACUUCGUUCGGUAGGAUGAGUACAACGAGCAUUUCCCUGGCACUGGAGGAUUUCUACUCCGUUCACGCCAACUACACCACGCGGCUGCGCCUCCACACGAGGGAUUCGAAAACAGACGUCAUCGGAGCAGCUUCUGCAGGUACGCCACAGUGCUAGAACUUGACGGUGGGGGACACGAAUUUCCACACAAUUUUUCCAGAGGAAAUGAGGCGGAACUGAAUCCUACAAAAAUUAUCCGCCAGACUGCCGUCUAGGAAAUCGAGUACCUUUAGACUGCCGUCGAGGAAAACCAGUUUUUUGUGAUGACAGUAAUAUUACAAACUCAUCCGGGAAGUCAGAACCGGGGCACCAAGUUCAAUUUUUUGUCUUCCUGUCAUGCAAGGUUGUGCCGAGGUGACUGUGAGAGAUGGGGGGAGAGAGAAAGAGAGAGAAAGAUGGAGGAAGGGAGACAAAAGGAAGAGCAAGGGGAGAGACUGCUGAUAAAAGUUUUUACACAUUACACUAUUGUCAAGAGUGAAAUAAAUCUGCCCGUCCAUGACUCAAUCUUCAGCCUAACUCCUCAGGGAGUUCUUAAAUCUUUCCAAAAGUUUUCCUCCCAGCCGGAUGAGUCUGUUACCUUCUAAAAGUUUUUCCCAGAGAAUCUCAGAGUUUUAAUAAGGUCAGGGACCGUGUGGACUUCUACCAAGACGUUCUUGAUUCCCAUUCAAACAAGAAGAAAGCAUAUUAUCAAAACCGAAUGCGACACCUCGGCUUAUUUUAUAUUUCGGCGCCUCGUGACUGUGAUUUAUGCUUUAUUUUCCUCCGAAAUCGCUCUAUCCUAUUGCGGGGUAUAGUAUCUUAUGGGCAGGUGGACCCCUAGCUCCAUUGGCAGUACAUAAUUCAAAUCGUUGAAAUUCGUUAGGUUUUGCACAGCCACUGGAACAGGAUAGGAAAGACACGAUAUUUUCAAAUCGACAUUUGGGUACCGUUCACACAGACAACAGCCCCGCGGCGUCUUUGUCCAAGGAGAGCCUUUGAGGCCGUGGACACUGCACGACGAUCCUCCCGAACGCUCAGGAUUCCGGUGCAUCGCCGACGUUUUAUACUUCCUAGUCACUCUGAUUUGACUAUUUUUUACAAGUAUUUUCCUCGCAGAUUCUGGUUUUCCACAAAUAGAAUUUUAUCGACAACCGUCGACGUUUUAUCGCUCAUUUGACGUUUUACCCCGCAGCAUAAUUUUAUCGACAUCGUUUCUGAUAUUUCGGACAUGAUCUUCUGUGCCUGCAGCUCUGGACCUGAUGAAAAAUGUCCGUGUCCAGGCUAUUAUGGGGCCCGUAACAUCAUCGCAAGCAGAAUUCAUUGUAAAUCUAGGGAAUAAGACAAAGGUUCCGAUCGUUUCCUUCUCGGCCACGAGUCCCUCCCUUUCGCCAGCACAAUCACCUUAUUUCGUGAGGACCGCCUUGGAUGACUCCUCUCAGGUGAGAUGCAUAGCCUCCAUCCUCAAGCUUUUUGGAUGGAGACAGGUGGUGCCCAUAUACGAGGACACGCGAUAUGGCAGAGGCAUUAUACCUUACCUCGUCGACGCUCUCCAAGAUAUUGACGGCCGGAUCCCCUACCGGAGUGUGAUUCAACCUUCUGCCUCCGACGAUAAGAUCAAGGAGGAGCUCCUUAAAUUGAAGACCAUGUCAACGAGAGUGUUCGUCGUGCACAUGUCGCUCUCUCUCGCCUCUCGUCUCUUUCUCUUGGCUAGCGAGAAUGAAAUGAUAGAGGAUGAGUACGUCUGGAUUGUCACUGACGGAAUGACGAAUCUGCUGGGCUCCAUGAAUACUACUAUAAUCGAGUCCAUGCAAGGGGUACUCGGCGUGAGGCCGUACGUUCCCAAGUCGCCUAGGCUCGCCGAUUUCACGCGACGGUGGAGAAGGAAGUACCAGGAGGAGAACCCAGACGAAGAAGCCACAGAGCCUAGUCUCUAUAGCCUAUGGGCGUACGAUACUGUUUGGGCAUUGGCAAUGGCUGAAGAGAGUUUGGGCGUCUCAAAACCAGGAUUUCAGAGCGUUCAAAUAGGAAACGACUCCACCGACUUGGGGGCUCUCGAGGUAUCUCAGUCGGGUCCAGAUCUUCUAAAGGCGAUAAAUAAGGUCCGGUUCGAAGGCCUCGCAGGAGAAUUCCACCUUGUUAAUGGGCAGCUUCAGCCGUCUGGUUUCCAGAUCAUCAACAUCAAUGGGAAGGGAGGAAGGAAUGUCGGAUUCUGGAUGGCAGAAAAGAUCUCACGGUGGCCGAGCUCCCGGGGAAAAAUCAUGCAACAGGCAUCCUCGACCGAUCUACCUAUCAUAUGGCCGGGCGAGAGGAGGUACGCACCUAAGGGGUGGGUGAUACCGACCAGUGGGAAGAAGCUGAGGAUCGGCGUCCCGGUCAAAGAUGGAUUCAAUGAGUUUAUGAAGGUAGAGCGGAACGUUAAUGGCAAUCAGACUGAAAUCACCGGUUUUUGCGUGGACGUUUUUGACUCCGUCAUGAAGAUCAUGCCAUACAACGUCCCAUAUAAAUAUGUACCUUUUGAAGAUGUUAACGGAAAGAGUGCAGGGUCUUACAAUGACUUGGUGAAUCAAGUGGCGGAACAGGUAACUUUUCUGUAUGCUAGAAUCUCUUCAAUUUGACGUUACCAUCUCGAAAUUAGGUCAUCGAUGCUUCAUGUCGUUAGUGCUCCUUAAUAACGGUUAGGGGUAGCAUGAGGAUUUGACAAGAUUUGAAGGAAUAAUAGAUUUAAGUUUUUCCAUUCACAUUUCACGAUGAUUUUUAUUUUGGGGACAGCGUUUGAAGUUUCAAUCUCUUAUCGAUUGAUAUGUACACAGGUUUACAGAUAUUGUUCUAACACUCUUGCAAAAACACAGGGAUACGACGCUGUGGUUGGCGACACGACGAUCUUAGCUAACCGAUCGAGGAACGUAGACUUUACGCUACCCUUCACAGAGUCAGGUUGGACAAUGGUCGUCCUAGUAAAGGAGAACAAUGGGAAGAGUGGGUGGAUUUUCGUGAAGCCCUGGAGGAGCGACCUCUGGAUCGCCAGCUUCGCCUUCUUCGUCUUCACGGGCUUCGUGGUAUGGAUGAUAGAGCACCGGGUCAACCCAGCGUUCAGGGGUCACCCUACGCAGCACCUCGGCCGGAGCUUCUACUUCACAUUCUCGACGAUGGUUUUCUCCCACAGUUCCGUAUUUCACGCUAUCCCCUCUAAGCAUUCCUUCGUGAACGUUUUUCCUUAGCCACUGGGUGGUGAGGUGUGGUUCUGUGGGUUCUGUGACUGCAGGAGAGAACGUGGAGAGCAACUUCUCAAGGCUUGUGAUCAUUGUGUGGGUUUUCGUCGUGCUUAUCCUGCAGUCGAGCUUCACGGCCAAUUUGGCGUCGCUUCUCACAAUCCAGAAGCUGGAGCCCGCCUUCACUGAUGUCCAAGAGCUUUUGAACGGUGGGCAUAACGUCGGCUAUCAGGAAGGCUCCUUCGUAUAUAACCACCUCAAAGAGCACCUCCAUUUUGAUGAAACACGCAUCAAGAAAUAUGAGAAUCCUGAUCAGUACGCUGAGGCGCUAUCUAAGGGGACGUAUAACGGGGGAGUUUCUGCCAUUUUCGACGAGGUUCCGUACAUCAAGGUCUUUCUUUCGAAGUACUGCUCUAAUUACACCAUGGCCGGCCCCGUUUACAAGGCCGAUGGCUUCGGAUUUGUAAGUUCCCAUUUUACAACUUCUGGUAUUCCCAUUCCCUAAUAGGUGUAGGUAUAUAUAUAUAUAUAUAUAUUAUCUGUUAAGUUUCUGUCAUGUAAAUGUAUAUAUGGCAUCAUAGGGACGCCGGCCCCUAUGAUGCCAAGGAUCAGGACUGGCAUUGACUUCGAUUUUAUUUGAGAUGCGUUUCAGGUCUUUCCAAAGGGCUCCCCUCUUGUAAGAGACGUUUCCUCAGCCAUUUUGACAGUCACAGAGGAAAAAACAAUGAGAGAUAUCGAGAAGAAGUGGUUCGGGGACAAGACCGUUUGCAAGAGCGAGGGGAGCCACUUCAGCUCCGGCCGUCUCACCCUAAAGAGCUUCGAGGGACUCUUCUUUAUAACUGGGGCCGUGUCCACAGCGUCCCUCCUCCUGUUUCUUGGCAACUUUUUCUUCCAGAAUCGCAAAAAGGUCUCAUCCGACGAAACAGAGGAUUCUGUCUGGAAGAGGGCGACCUCGAGAGCGGCCGCAUGGGCGAAGCACUACGACAAGAUGAGUCUCCCUAAAAAGGAAUGGAGCCGACGCGUCAGGGACGUUCCGAGCCAAGAGGAACGACCUAGAGGAGACGUUGAAGAGGAUAACUCGCUAAGUUCCCACGGCCGCAACUCCCUUGAAAGCGUUUCCAGGACCGAGUCGGAAGUCUCGUAUUCUAGUGAGAUGGAGAGCCCACGAAUGCCUGCGGACCCGCCAUUUCAGAUAACUGUAGCAAGGUAG